AUGCGCCACACGCAGGCGCUGCUCUUCAGACGCCUCCUUGUGCAACACGCCCGCCCCAAGUCCACCAUCCCAAUGCAGCCGCAGGCGAGGGAGAAGGCGGAGACCGCUGUGUGCCCUGUGACAGAUGGAUCGGCACUCCAGCUGGCCCGCCACUGUCUGCUGAGCGGCCAGGUUAUAGGCCUUCCCACAGACACUGUUUACGGCUUGGCCUGCGACGCCAACAACGAGCAGGCCAUCCAGCGCCUGUACGAGAUCAAGGGCAGGGACGAACACAAGCCGGUGGCCAUCUGCGUGCACAACAACGCCGCCCUCCGUCGCUUUGGCCAGGCUGCCCACCUCAGCGACGAGCUGCUAACUCGUUUGCUCCCGGGCCCCCUGACCAUCGUGAUCGAGCGGACGCCCGCGCUGAGCAAUAGGUUCCUAAAUCCCAGCACCUCCAAGAUCGGUAUACGUAUUCCAGACUUUAAGUUUAUGCGCGACCUGUGCGCCGUGUGGCACGAACAGCCGCUGGCCCUGACCAGCGCCAAUCGCUCCAGUGCCCCCAGCAGCCUGCAGGUGUCCGAGUUCCGUUCUCUCUGGCCCCAAUUGGGGGCUGUCUUCGAUGCCGGCCAAAUUGGUCUGACUGAGGAGCGGCGUCUGGCCUCCACGGUGAUCGACCUGGCCACUCCCGGCUACUACGAGAUUGUAAGAGCAGGUGUGGCCCUGAAGCAAACGGAGGCCGUAAUGGAGGAAUUCGGCAUCCGGUCACGGGAUAUUAUUUAGAAUACAUGAGUUUUUAUUAUAUUUACAUUUCUUUGAUUCUUUAUAAAAUCAUAUUAUGUUACAUUUCACAAACAAUUUAUAGUUUUUCAUAGUUUUAAAAUAAAAUGCAACGUCCAGGACUUGCAUUCUGAAUAUUAUAUCCUUGAAAUCAAUAGUUAUAACCUCUCCUUGCAUUGAAUCUAGGACAAGACUCCAGUCUAAACUAAAAUAUAAAGAAAACUAAACAUAA